CAUGGGUUUCGGUAUUAGUACUCAUUCCUAUAAUCUUGAAGUUAUUCUACCUUUUGGGAAUCUAUUUAAACCCAAUGAAGAACACCCAAUCUUUUUAUAUCUGUCUCAAUUGUUAAUAGAGGAAAAGGGUUGUCAUAUAGCUAUAGCUGCUAAUUGAGGAUUCUGCAAACUUCAAGACUGCCGGUUUCCAGGGAUAUUAUUAACUAGAUCAGAGACAAUGGGAAACGAUGAAAAAAAAGUUCAACUUAAAGUAUUUGUUGACAAAAAGAAGAAAAAAGUGAUGUUCGCCGAAGCUGAUGAAGACUUUGUGGAAAUCCUCUUCAGUUUUUUCACUUUGCCUCUGGGAACAAUCGCAAAACUCUCAAGAAAGCAUGUAGACUCGAAUGCUAUAAAAGUCGGAAGCCUAACCUCACUGUAUGAAAGUAUCAUAAAUCUCAAUGAAAAACAUUUCUCCAACGAGCAUUGUAAGGAUGCAUUGAUUAAUCCAAGCAAUUCAUCAGCAUCUUUUUGCCAGAAGCUUAAAGUAAAUCUAGAUGAAACAAAGCCCAUUAUCUCUUCUAUUGUGCCUCAAGAUCAGCUUAAAGUAAAUGUAGAUGAUGUAGUGUUUUUGAAAAAGAAAGCUUCUUUCAUCAUAACUGACGAUCUCAAUGUAGUUCCUGUGAUGCUGGAUACAAGCAUCGUACUCCUUUGUUCACUUGGUGUUGAAUACAUUGAUUUGCUAGAAGAGAUAAUCAUGCCUUUUGGAUUGGAAGAGUUCUCGAAUCUACUUAAGUGGUCAUUGUUAACAAAUAAUCCUCUGACAAAUCUGGUGCUUGGGGGAAGUAAACCCUGCCCAUGUUCAUCGUGUGACACAAACUCAGCGAGUGAUUCGGCUUUGACUUCCAUUGACUCUAGCGAGACUCGGACUCAGACUCAGACGACUCAGACGCCUAAGACUCAAACUCAAACUCAGAAAAUGAAAUUACUAGUACAAAAAUCAACGAAGAAGGUAUUAUGUGCACAAGUGGAGAAUCAUUUCGUGGAAUUGCUCUUCAGCUUCUUAACCAUUCCGUUGGGUGCUUAUGAACAUUUAACAAAGGAUAAUUCAUCUUCAGUGGGUAUAAGUAAUUUGUACAAUAGUAUUUCAUCUUUAGGAGAUGGAAAAUACUUGAAAUCAGAGGAUGUAAAGACCAUGUUACUUCGCCCAAAGCUUGCAGCAAAUUAUCUUCGUGUGACUAACUUUCUGCCGAUUUAUGAAGUAGAUACACGCCCAGGUCGUUUCCUUAAAGAGCAAGCAACAUUCAUAGUUUCUGAUGAUCUGGAAGUAACAGUCUCUCCAUCUGUAGCUACAAUUACAAAGUUCAACACACUUGGUGUUCCCGUUUGUGAUAUUGAGGUUCUGGAAGUGACUGUAGGUGAACAAGAGGCACUAUUAAUUCUCAAGGCUUCUCUUACCUCAACAUCUGCUUUAACCGACUACCUCAACGCGUUGAGGAAGAUACCAAAGGCAUAAUCAUCGACUUGAAGCCCAUCUUAAUUGGUUAUUGAUGUAUAUAGUCAUGAUAUAUAUAU